CUAGCAUUCGGCACGGGUGCGCACUGUGCGUAAAUGUGCCACGGGCUGAAAGUUGCCGUUUCUUCUGCUGUUCUGCCUCAGAUUGGGCGAGAAACGCCGCGCGUGUUGUUGAACGGAGCGAUCGCAUUGUGUUGUCGCCGACCAAAGCGAUGCGCAACCGCACAUCUACGGUGGUGAUGAUGCUGAUGUUGCGGGAGACAAACUAAUUGCUUUUGUAUCGCAAAUCGGGGGGAAUGUGUGCAUGGCAUUUAUGUCUUGUAAGGGGGUGCGUGCGUGCGUGUGCGAGCGCGUGUGUGCGAGCGCGGCCGGAUCGCAGAUAGCGGGCAGUUUGUAGGCUAGAUCGUGGGCUUCGCUUUCCAACAAGCCGGCGUAGUUUGUUUCAGCCCGCGGCGACCAUCGGAUUUGACGUGCUCGCGAACGCAUGCACGAGACACAUAGAUGGGAGGUGUGCGCAGCCCCGAAGUCAUGUCCAGAUCGGGUGACCGAACCUCCACGUUUGACCCGACUCACAGCGACACUCUGCUGCACGGUCUCAACCUGCUGUGGAGGAAGCAGCUCUUCUGCGAUGUGACUCUCACGGCGCAGGGACAGCAGUUCCACUGCCACAAAGCCGUGCUGGCGUCCUGCUCGCAGUACUUCAGGUCCCUGUUCUCCACGCACAUGCUGAGCAGGGAAGACGGGCUGGCGGCGAAGGACCAAGGCAGCAGCGGCACCCCGUCCUCCUCCCCCGACGACAAGCUCCUGCCCAGCCCGCGCUCCACCAUCAACAACCUGGUGCUGCAGGGCUGCUCCUCCAUCGGUCUGCGGCUGGUGCUGGAGUACCUCUACACGGCCAACGUGACCCUCUCCCUGGACACGGUGGAGGAGGUGCUCUCCGUCAGCAAGAUCCUCAACAUCCCGCAGAUUACCAAACUCAGCGUGCAGUUCCUCAACGACCAGAUCUCGGUGCAGAACUACAAGCAGAUCUGCAAGAUCGCAGCUCUGCACGGGCUGGACGAGACCAAGAAGCUCGCCAACAAGUACCUGGUGGAGGACGUGCUCCUCUUGAACUUUGAGGAGAUGUGCGCCAUGCUGGACGCCCUGCCUCCGCCCGUGGAGUCGGAGCUGGCGCUCUUUCAGAUGUCCGUGUUGUGGUUGGAGCACGACAGGGAGACCAGGAUGCACUACGCUCCCGACCUGAUGAAGCGCCUGCGCUUCGCCCUCAUCCCUGCUCCGGAGCUGGUGGAGAGGGUGCAGUCGGUGGACUUUAUGAGGAGCGACCCGGUGUGCCAGAAGCUGCUCCUGGAUGCCAUGAACUACCACCUGAUGCCCUUCAGACAGCACUGCAGACAGACCACAGCCAGCAGGAUUCGUUCGAACAAGCGGAUGCUCCUGUUGGUUGGAGGCCUGCCCCCGGGUCCCGACCGCCUCCCUAGUAAUCUGGUUCAGUACUACGAUGACGAAAAGAAGACAUGGAAGAUCCUUACAAUAAUGCCGUAUAACAGCGCCCAUCACUGUGUGGUCGAGGUGGAGAACUUCCUGCUUUUAUUGGGUGGAGAAGACCAGUGGAACCCUAAUGGCAAACACAGCACUAACUUUGUAAGUCGGUACGAUCCGAGAUUCAACAGCUGGAUCCAACUACCGCCCAUGCAGGAGAGGAGAGCGAGUUUCUUCGCUUGCUGCCUGGAUAAGCACUUGUAUGUUGUUGGGGGAAGGAACGAGACAGGUUAUCUGUCUAGCGUUGAAGCCUAUAACCUUGAGACAAACGAAUGGAAUUACGUUUCGUCUCUUCCACAGCCGCUGGCUGCGCACGCAGGCGCCGUGCACAAUGGGAAAAUAUACAUCUCAGGUGGCGUUCACAAUGGUGAGUACGUGUCUUGGCUGUACUGCUACGACCCCGUGAUGGACGUGUGGGCUCGGAAACAGGACAUGAACACCAAGCGAGCCAUACACGCUCUCGCAGGCAUGAACGACCGCCUCUACGCUAGGGGAAACCACUUAAAGGGAUUCUCUCAUCUGGAUGUGAUGCUGGUCGAAUGCUACGAUCCUAAAGCAGAUCAGUGGAGCAUCCUGCAAACGCCCAUCCUAGAGGGACGCAGCGGGCCUGGAUGCGCAGUUCUUGAUGACAGUAUUUACUUGGUGGGAGGCUACAGCUGGAGCAUGGGGGCGUAUAAGUCAUCCACCAUUUGUUACAGCCCAGAGAAAGGCACAUGGACUGAAAUGGAAGGAGAAGUGGCCGAACCUUUAGCCGGACCGGCCUGUGCCACAGUCAUACUGCCAGCCUGUUUACCAUUUAACAAAUAACUAUAUAGAGCGCCGGAUAAAGUGGAAAACCUGUCGGGAUGGGAAGUCAAUGGCUAAAUGAAUCAAAUAAAUGAGGAGACUCUCCCUAUGGAA